GCGCGACCGUGGAGCGUUCUGGGUAAAAGAUGGACGUCCACGAUCUCUUUCGCCGGCUCGGUACGGGGGCCAAAUUCGACGUGAGACGCUUCUCGGCGGACGCAGCCCGAUUCCAGAUAGGGAAAAGGAAAUACGACCUUGAUUCUUCAGAGGUGCUGCAGGGACUGGACUUCUUUGGAAAUAAGAAGUCUGUCCCAGGUGCGUGCGCGGCAUCACAGACACAUGGGCAGCUCCAAAAUGAAGAGAAAGAAGAAGCCACCCACAUGGAAGGGAAGCGGGAACAGAACAAGAAAAAGAGGAAGAAGGUGAAUUCAGAAAUUACUUUGCAAGAAGAAGGCACUACCAUCCAGUGGACAUCAUCUGUGGAAGCAAAGAUUGAAGAUACGAAAAGUAAAGGGCACACUAAACUAACCUCAGGAAAAUUGGAGCAUCUCAGAAAGGAAAAGAUAAACUUCGUCCGGAAUAAACACAAAAUUCACGUCCAAGGAACUGAUCUUCCUGACCCAAUUACUACAUUUCAGCAACUUGAUCAGGAAUAUAAAAUCAAUUCUCAACUGCUUCAGAACAUUCUAGAUGCAGGCUUCCAAAUGCCUACACCAAUCCAAAUGCAAGCCAUUCCAGUUAUGCUGCAUGGUCGGGAACUUCUGGCCUCUGCCCCUACUGGAUCUGGGAAGACUUUGGCUUUUAGCAUUCCUAUUUUAAUGCAUCUGAAACAGCCCACAAAUAAAGGCUUCCGAGCCCUGAUUAUAUCCCCAACACGAGAACUUGCCAGCCAGAUUCACCGAGAGUUAAUUAAAAUCUCUGAGGGAACAGGAUUCAGGAUACACAUGAUCCACAAAGCAGCAGAGGCAGCCAAGAAAUUUGGGCCUAAAUCAUCUAAGAAGUUUGAUAUUCUUGUGACUACUCCAAAUCGACUGAUCUAUUUAUUAAAGCAAGAUCCACCAGGAAUAGACUUAACAAGUGUUGAGUGGCUGGUAGUAGAUGAAUCAGACAAACUGUUUGAAGAUGGCAAAACUGGAUUUAGAGACCAACUGGCUUCUAUUUUCCUGGCCUGCACAUCCCACAAGGUCAAAAGAGCUAUGUUCAGUGCAACUUUUGCAUAUGAUGUUGAACAGUGGUGCAAACUCAACCUGGACAAUGUCAUCACUGUAUCCAUUGGAGCGAGGAAUUCUGCUGUGGAGACUGUAGAACAAGAACUUCUUUUUGUGGGAUCUGAGACUGGAAAACUUCUGGCCAUGAGAGAACUUGUUAAAAAGGGUUUCAAUCCACCUGUACUUGUUUUUGUUCAGUCCAUUGAAAGAGCUAAAGAACUUUUUCAUGAACUCAUAUAUGAAGGUAUUAAUGUGGAUGUUAUCUAUGCAGAGAGAACCCAGCAACAGAGAGAUAAUACAGUCCACAGCUUCAGAGCAGGAAAAAUCUGGGUUCUUAUUUGUACAGCCUUGCUAGCCAGAGGAAUUGAUUUUAAAGGCGUGAACUUGGUGAUCAAUUAUGACUUUCCGACCAGCUCUGUGGAAUAUAUCCACAGGAUAGGUCGAACUGGAAGAGCAGGGCAUAAGGGGAAAGCUGUUACAUUUUUCACUGAAGAUGAUAAACCAUUAUUAAGAAGCGUUGCCAAUGUUAUACAGCAGGCCGGAUGUCCUGUACCAGAGUACAUAAAAGGUUUCCAGAAACUGCUAAGCAAACAAAAGAAGAAGAUGAUCAAGAAGCCAUUGGAAAGAGAAAGUAUAAGUACAACUCCAAAAUAUUUUUUAGAACAAGCCAAGGCUGAACGGGAAAAGGUCGCUGGUCCAAACUGCAAGAAGAAAGUAGCUGUUGAAAACAAAAGUUAGAGUUUUUAAAAGACUUUCCCAGAAAGUUAAUGUUAUGAUCCCUCACGAAUGUUGUUUUCAUGGAAUAUUUCAGCUCUGUACCAGAGCUGUGAAAUCAGCUGUGGGACUGGUGAAUGAUUUCUCCUGAACUGUCAGUGCAUCACGUCAACUUGCAGUGUGUCAGUGACUUUUCAGUAAUUGUACAAAGGAAAUAACACUGACAUUUCUGUGGUUUGAAUCUAGAAAGAUUCUUCUUAUAGAAGAACAAAAGCAUAUGCUAAAAAUAACACCCAGAUGUGGUGAAAUCUUAAGGACUUCUCCAUUCAGUUAUGAAGGAAGGUAAGAUGUGUGUGUGCUACAGUCACCUGGAACAGAUCUGCAAAAGCAAGCCUUGAGCGCGGUGGCCACUUCCAUUGCUCCCACACGUACUUGUUUUGGGUGGAUAUGAACAGGGACACGAUGUCUACCAAGAAGAAAUCUGCUGUCUUUAAGACUUAUUAAUUUUUUGAUGGCCUUUUGUGAUGUGAAGCACAGCAAAGAAGAUCCCUCUCCUGUAGCUGGUCCUUCAAGUCAAUUCUGAGGUAGCUUAUCCUAGCUGUGAUCACAUUGCAACUCCAAGAUCAUGAUCAACCUCUUUCGUAUUUCAUUUCCCAUCACUGAAGCAUGCUCUUGAAAACUGAUAAAUGCUGUAUCUUGAUAAGGAGGAAUGUUCCUAUUACUUGAUCCACCUCUAGCUUCAUUCUCUAUGGCUUAUCUUUCCCGAGGCUGGAUAGUCCUUAAUCCAUUUAGUAAGCAAGUUUCUGCCAAAGGUAAAGAACUAAGAUUAUAGAGUGAUGGAGACUAUUCACUGUUAGCAGCAGAUUCUUCUCAUUUCUAUUUUCUCUACCGUGAAGUAAAAAUUGGCCUCAUUCAAGUAAGGUGCUUAGCGUGGAGCCUUAGUGUAACAUGGUUGUUAUCAGAACUACCUGCCACAGAACUGUAACAUAUACACUUUUCUCAGUAGCAUUGAAUUAAAUUUCCUUCCUCUAUUCUCAUCCUUUUAUCUCUGAGUCAAGACAAAUAGAAUAUUUUACAUGGGACAAAAAUUGUUCAUCUUCAGAAUUCAAGUGGAGACAGCUGCUACAGGUUGCAAAAAAAAUACAUGCCCAUGGCUUUUAGUUUGUUCUUAUAAAUAGAUCCUUAACUCACUGUAUAUUCUGGAAGUAGGUUUACUGGUGCAACCCUUAAAAAAUAAAUAAGUUAU